UCGAGCGCAACGGACGUGUGUGCUUCAGCGGCGAAUUAUACAAGUGUUGGAUAAGCGACAAAAUAAACAGUGGAUUCUACAAUUGGCGCAGCCGGUAUUCCUUUUUUAUAUACACAUACAUAGAACCCCGACGAGGUAUGAAAAUGGAUCCUGAAAAAUUUCCGCUAGAACCCUUCAAUUCCGACGUAAACUGUUCUGAUUUACGUACGGAAUGGGAAGAGUGGUUGCGAGCUCUUCUCCUAAUAUUGGAGCUAAAAGGGCCACUUUCACAGCAUGAGAAAUUCGUGUAUAUGCUGGCCCGAGGAGGAAGAGAUCUUCAACGCAUAUAUUUCAACCUAGGCCAAGCUGAGGACGAGAUCAUCCCAUCACAGACGCAGGUGCCAUUUGCGGCUCAAGAAACACCUGAAUUUGACAACGCCAUCAAACGCCUAAACAAAUUCUUCGUAGGAAAACGAAACGAACGCAUAGAGUUGGAGGUGUUUAGAAAUAUUAAGCAGGCAGAUGAGCCCUUCAAUCGGUUCAUGCUGAAACUACGCACUAAGGCGAAGAAAUGCGAUUUCGGAAUGCGCGAAGAGAAAGAAAUCCUUCAUCAAAUUACGGCAGGUGCUAGAGACAUUAAAGUCCGAGAUAAAGGGCUUGAAAAUGUCAUGAAGUUGGACGAAUAAGCUAAUUUUGCACUCAACAGGGAAAUCCUUGCUAAGCGGAAAGCAAUUUCUAAUAAUGAGCACGAAGUAGCGUCUGUGUCGCACAUUAGACACGAUCGCACUGGAAACAAAAGGCCGUCCGCAAUGUCACCGGAAUGCGAUCGGUGCGGAUCUCGUGAGCACACAAGAGAAUCCACCGGUUGUUUUGCCCGGAAAGCCCGAUGUAACGAAUGUGGAAAGAUAGGACAUUUUGCCCGGAAAUGCAGCAACAAACGACGACAGCCUUAUUCUCCCUAUGUUUGGAAGCAACCAAGAUCAACAAACAACAUACGAGAGAUGGAUCGUUCUACUGCACGAGAGACGCGUCCUACAAGAGAGGUAAACGCACAACAUGAUAACAUUUGACCCACAGGGAAAAGAGAGAGAAAAACUAAAUCAAAUAACGGCGGUAUAGAUGAAGGACGGCCCGGACUGGAACUAGUAGUAAUAAGUUGCACUCAAAUUAAGUGAAAGCGAUGCAUAGCGGACUUUACGCAAAACAUCAUAGAAUAGAUUUUUUUCAUAUGAUUUUCAUUUCACAUUUGCGGAUAGUGAAGGGAUGUAUGAAUAUGAAUAGAGAGAGAGGAUAUAGAGAGAGGGAGAUCAAGACGUACUUGACAGGAGAUAGUUCGGAGACAGAGCAAACGGGGCAGACAAGCGUGAGCGAUCGAGCGCAACGGACGUGUGUGCUUCAGCGGCGAAUUAUACAAGUGUUGGAUAAGCGACAGAAUAAACAGUGGAUUCUACAGGCAGCCGAUACUAUUGAUCGAAAAUCAGUUAGUGGUUACAUAUUCAAGGUUUAUGGAAAUACAGUUUCAUGGUCAAGCAAAAAACAAACAACUGUAGCCACAUCAUCCAGUGAAGCUGAAUACGUCGCUUUAAGUGCUGCUACGGCUGAAGCUAUAUGGUUGAAGGGACUUUUGGAGGAUCUUGGACUAAGAUUUACAAAACCUGUCCCAAUAUUUGAAGAUAACAUGUAUCGGUAUGUCGAAAAAUUUAGAAUGUAAACGGGUCAAGCACAUAGAUAUCAAAUACCAUUUUGUGCGGGACCAUAUUGCAAAAGAAAACAUAAUCGUUGAACCUAUUUCAACUUUGAAUCAACUAGCAGAUAUUUUUACUAAAGCUUUAGAAGCUGGUCGAUUCGAAGUCCUCAGGAAGAAACUUGGAGUGAACGAUCGAGAGGGGGUGUAAACGAAGUAGCAAUCGAAGUAGUCUUUAAUAUAUUUAGCAACGAUCGUUUCGUUUAGUUAGUCUCAAAUCAUCCAUUGACGAGAACGGUCGCAAAAGAGAAACUUGUUAAAUAAAAAAAAACU